GGCUCCAGCAAAUGCAUCCCAUCCCCACCCUCGCAGGAAACAAUCACAAGACCACUUGAGCGCCCUCCUCCUUCUCCUCCUCUUCCUCUCUCUAUCCUCCAAAAUAGCAGCAUCUCCGCGCGCGACGUGGUGAGAGAGCCUCGCUUCCUCACCCAGACGGAACAGUGAGCAGGCGGGGGGGGGGUAACAUGUGAAAACACUCCGUGUUUUUAUCUUUUUAUCUGAAAACCUCUCUCCCUCUUUGGGUGUGAUGGAAACGCACGCGCUGUGUUAGCUGCUCGUCAGACGCUCACCAGCACCUCACACAUCCACUCGUGACGGAUCCGUCCUCUUCUCCUGCUCAAGAUUCCGCAGCUGAAAAGACGGCGCGGGCCCUCAGCCGCAACCUCCCGCUUCCAAUUUUGUCUUUUUAUGCAAAGAAAACAAGAAAUCUGUUGGAUUUAAGCACGUUUUUACAAUGACAGCCACGAAGGAGCAGCCGAACCAGAGACCGAACCAACCGCAGCAGGAUGAGGACCUGGGUGGAGUCAGUCCUCCUCAGAGGAACUGGAAGGGGAUUGCUAUUGCUCUGCUGGUCAUCCUGGUGGUCUGUUCCCUCAUCACCAUGUCCGUCAUCCUCCUUACACCAGCUGACAACCAAGCUGGAAGCAACACUAAACUGACUGUAGAGGAUUUGUUCAAACCCGAGUUCAAAGUCCACGACCCAGAGGCCAAAUGGAUCAGCGACUCUGAAGUCAUCUAUAAGAACAGCGAGGGCCAUGUCAUCAGAUUCAACAUGCUCUUAAACAAAACAGAUGUUGUCCUGACAAACACAACCUUUGUUAAUUUCAACGUGGCCAAGUACUCCGUGUCACCGGACCUGAAAUAUGUUCUCUUCGCAUACGACGUGAAGCAGGUUUACCGCCACUCCUUCAUGGCCUCCUACAGCAUCUACAACAUCCACACACGGGAGGUUUGGGAGCUGGACCCUCCUGAGGUGGUGAACUCUGUUCUGCAGUACGCUGCCUGGGGAGUACAAGGCCAACAACUGAUCUACAUAUUUGAAAAUAACAUCUACUACCAAUCUGAUGUGAAGAGUAACUCCCUGAGGCUAACAUCUUCAGGGAAGGAAGGGGUCAUCUUUAAUGGGAUUGCUGACUGGCUUUAUGAAGAGGAGAUCCUGCAGACCCAUGUGGCUCACUGGUGGUCCCCAGAUGGAGAGAGGUUGGCCUUCCUCGUCCUCAAUGACACCCUGGUGCCAAACAUGGUUUUACCUCGAUUCACGGGCAUGACAUACCCUAAAGGGAAGCAGUAUCCCUAUCCCAAGGCCGGCCAAGCCAACCCAACGGUGAAGCUCUACGUUGUCAACCUAUAUGGACCAACCCACACCCUGGAGCUCAUGCCUCCAGACACGCUGAAACUACGGGAGCAUUAUGUAACCAUGGUGAAGUGGAUCAGUAAGACCAGGACAGCAGUGAGGUGGCUGAACCGGGCCCAGAACAUCUCCAUCCUGACUGUGUGUGACACCACCACCGGAGCCUGUGUCACGAGACAUGAAGAAAGCUCCGAGCUCUGGCUUUCCAAGCAGAACCAACAGCCUGUGUUCUCUAAAGAUGGCGCCAGAUUCUUCCUGACUGUCCCAGUAAAACAAGGAGGGCGUGGAGAGUUCCAUCACAUCGCCAUGUACACAACACAGUUCAGAGCAGAUCAGAGUGAAGUCCGACAUCUGACAUCGGGGAACUGGGAGGUGACAAAGAUCCUGGUCUACGAUGAGAACACCGAUGAUCUUUAUUUUCUCAGCACCGAAGGCUCACCGCGGAGACGGCAGCUGUUCAGUGUGAAAACCGUGGGUCUGUUUCCUCGCCGCUGUUUAACCUGCGAGCUGAAUAAAGCUCACUGUCUGUACCUCCACGCUGCUUUCAGCCCCACGAACCAGCACGUCAUCCUGCACUGUAAAGGUCCAGGAGCUCCGACUGUAAUCCUACACAGUCUCAAUAAUUCAAAUUACUACAUCAUCGAGAGCAACUCUUUGCUGAAAGCAGCUUUGAAGUACAAAAGGAUCCAGCUGACUGACUUCAGAACUGUUCCCAUGGAGCAUUUUGAUUUACCUCUGAAGAUAUCUUACCCCCCAGACUUCUCAGACUCCCGUCAUUACGGACUGCUGCUGCUGGUAGAUAGCGCCCCUGGUGGUCAGGCUGUGAAUGACCGUUUCUUUCUGGGCUGGGAGUCUGUCCUGGUCAGUUCUGACAGCGUCAUCGUGGCCCGUCUGGAUGGUCGUGGCAGCGGCUUCCAGGGUCAGAGGAUCCUGCAUGAGGUUCACCAAAGACUGGGAACUGUUGAUGUCCAGGACCAGAUUGCAGCAGUGGAAUACAUGCUGAAAUUCUCAUAUAUUGAUCGGACACGGAUAGCGGUGUUUGGAAAGGGUUAUGGAGGCUACCUAACACUGAUGAUGCUCAAGUCUACCGACAGCUUGUUUAAAUGUGCAUGUGUCAUGACACCAGUAACAGACUGGAAGCUCUACGCGUCGGCCAUCUCUGAGCGAUACCUGGGCAUGCCGCUGCGGGAUGACAACAGAUAUCAGUUUUCCAGUUUGCUGCAGAACGUUCAGGCUCUUCGGGAGCAGACACUGAUGCUGGUGCACGGCACAGCAGAUGCCAACAUUCACUUCCAGCACACUGCUGAGCUCGUCAAGAACCUUGUGAAAGUUGGAGCGAACUAUUCUAUGCAGAUCUUCCCAGAUGAAGGCCACUUCCUGUCCAGGUCCAGCCUCCAGCACCUCUACGCCACUCUGACCAGCUUCUACAGGGAGUGUCUGAAGGAGGAGCUGCUCCCGCUGCCCGAGGAAGAGGAGGAAGAGGAGGAGUAAGCAUGAUGCUUUGAGGGUCAGCCCCUUGGCCAAGAUGAAAGACCCGAGUAGAAUCCGUGAAGGCGUGUAGCUUGUGGAGCCCGACAUGGAUGUGGGGAACAGCUGUGUGAUUGUUAAUGUGUGUGACAGCAUCGUGUGAGUGUGUACGUAGAUGUAAAUGUACCGAGACCACAACCGAAGGACACAAAGACACUGGCAGAGACUGCAAGCCAGAGCUGCCUCCUAUCAUUAAUCCACGUUAGUUUUGGGACGUCGGUUUCUCUGCAGAGCACACAGAAGACUGCUUCCUCCCUCACCGGCUCCCUGGACUGCAGCCAUCCUCACCAUAACCACGUGCAUGGUCCCCCCACCCCACCCACCUUCUCAUGUCCGGCUAGCACUCGGGACACGCCACCACAGAUUUAUGAUCUCACCUUUUCUAUGGUUGUAUCAUAUGGAAAUGCUUCAGUCUUGAGUCACCCCAGACCACCACAAACCACGCCCCCAUCAUCACAAACCACGCCCCCACCCUCUCCCCAGCUACAUAUCAGCAGGCUUUACAUUCUCGCAUGACUGAGUCCAGUAGAUAUGUAGAAGGCCUUAUGGGGUGGGACAUCCUGUAGUAUUCCUAGCUAGCUUAGCUCGGUCACAUUAAGCUCAGGCCCUGCAGUCCGAUUAGAAACUCUUCAACAUGUCGGCUCACAAAUAAAUUAGGAGUUCAGGAUUAAGAUUAUGGAGUUUGGCAAUAGAGUAGUAAUUUCAGUUUUUAAGCCUCACUGCAAAAGUUCUCCAUCUUAAGACGUCAUUUCAGCACGAUCAUGAUGAAGGCGACGAAACCUCUGAGAGGACAUGAUUCUCCCACAUCGCUUGUUCUUCGGAUGCUGAGAAGGAAAUGAAAAUGAAUCUAAGAUGGACAUUUUUCCAGUGUGAGUAAGGUUUUUGCAUGUCUACUACAGGGAAUGCGUCCCUAUUUUGUACAGUACGAUGCCUACAGCAGAGCGUGUAUAUAAAUCUAUUUUUAAGAUGUCUGAUCUCACAGGAAGUUCAGUCUGUGGAUGGACUGAUCUGACCUGUUCUGUUUCUGUUGUUUUCUGUCUUUUCUUUCCACUGUUUGGUUUUCCCUCUCUGGAGGGAUUUUGUAAAGCUUGUUCUUGUUUUGGGGGGAGGUUGGGUCCAGAUCUGGGUUGCUGUGAUUGUCUUCUAGUGAUGAUUAUAAAUAAAUAAAUAAACCUAUGAAAAACUGGAUUAUGCUGACACAUGGAGCACAAACCCAAACAACCACAGCUGUUUGUAAGACUGUUUCAGUCCACUUUCACCAAAUUAAAAUAAUAUUGGAUUUC